ACCGAGAGGAGAUCGUACGUGUUUUGAGUCCGCGAAGUAGCGAAAAGCAAGCAUUUCCAAUGGUGCGCCAAAUCACGUGUGCGACUGCAAGUGGAUGCGGAAACAAGUGAAAGUGAGACCACAAUCGUUCACAGACAUACUUUAUCUGUAUUCAUGCACAUCCGCCCUGCUUUUCGUGAAGUGGAAGUCUUUUAAUGCCCUUGCACACCCGUGGAGGAAAACAAGGAGAGAAGAGUGGGGAAGAACAAGAAGAAGAGGAGGAAGAGGAAGAAGUAGUUUCAAGGCCUGAGCGAGUUCUGUCCUCUCCCCCUUCCAGGCCCUGCAUGGACGGGGAUGGGGAGAGCCGGAUGCUGUUGCAGCGAGGCUGAGCGCCUCGCCUCCCCGUUCCUGGUGCACCGUUUCCGGCCACUGCUGCUGAUCAUCAUCGCUCUGACCUCCGCUGGCCGCAUAGGUUAUUGCCAAGUGAUCACUCCUCAGUGUCGCAUCCAAAAGUGUACCACUGACUUUGUCUCCUUGACCUCCCACCUCACGCCGACUGUGGAUGACUUUCACGUUGAAUUCUGCAAAGCUUUGCGGGCUUACUCAGCCUGUACGCAAAGGACAGCAAAACCCUGCAGGGGUAACCUGGUCUACCAUUCGGCAAUGCUGGGCAUCUCGGAUUUAAUGAGCCAGAGGAACUGCUCCCGAGAUGGUCCGACUUCCUCCACCCAUCCCGAGAUCCACCAUGAGCCGUGUAACUACUACAGUCGCACUCAGCACGCUCACGCCCACGCGCACACUCACGGGCACUCACAUGCUCACAGCCACAGUCACUCAAGGCCUGAAUUCCUUUUCUGCGGGCUGUUCGGAGAUCCCCACUUAAGGACAUUCAAGGACAGCUUCCAGACUUGCAAGGUGGAGGGAGCAUGGCCUCUCAUCGAUAAUGACUAUCUGUCGGUUCAGGUCACUAAUGUUCCAGUGGUUACAGGCUCCGCUGCCACGGCCACCAAUAAGAUCACUGUUAUCUUCAAACCCUACGAGGGCUGCACUGACCAAAGGGUCUACCAAGCCGUGACUGACAACUUACCCGCCGCCUUCGACGAUGGAACGGUGAGCAGUGGCGACCCCAUUCACGUCUCCAUGGGGACAGACGGUGCCACUGGGAAAGUGCGGGCCCUUUGGAUCUCAGAGCGCAGUCCGGGCCACCACGUAGAGCUGCACGCGGGUUACAUUGGCGUCACGGUGAUUGUCCGACAGCUCGGUCGCUACCUAACCCUGGCGGUACGGAUCCCAGAGGAGCUGUCUCAGGCCUAUGACGCCACUCAAGACCUGCAGCUAUGUCUAAACGGCUGCCCCAGGGUUGAACGCAUCGACCAGGGCGGUCACCUGCCCCUGUCUCCGCCUUCAGUUGGCCUUCAGCUCCAGCAUCUGCACGGGCCCAGAUAUUCUUCACAGAUACAGUUAUCCUCCUACGGUGACAGGCAGGUGUUCACUCUGGAGGGUGCAAAGGACCGCUGCCGGGAGCAGCUGGAGGUGCAGGACAUUUACUUCCACUCCUGUGUGUUUGACCUCCUUACCACCGGGGACGCUAACUUUACCGUGGCAGCAUACAGCGCCCAGAAAGACAUGGAGAGUCUUCACCCGCACAGAGACAAAUGGAGGAUCUACCCACAAGCUUCUGCCCCCUCCAUUCUGUACCCCCAACCUUUUCUACUCUUCACUCUGCUUCUACUUUGUACGCUUAGUUUUGUGUAAAAGUGGUAGUCUUUGCAUGUACAUGAAGUGCACUAGAAAGACUUUUUGACUGAGCACUACUACCGACGGCUGGUUUAGCUGAGUUGGCGCUUCUUAACAGCGGUACCACUUUCAAGCUUUCUUCUUCUUCGGAUCAAUGACAGUGACUUCAGUGAUGUUCUGUAGGAAUAAAUGAUUAAUUACACGAUAUGUAAAUAAUGUUUUUUCCUAGCACAGUGUAAUAGUUUAGCGUGUUAUUUGGUGUGAUUUAUAAUACUUCAGACAUGAUUUUUGUCUUUAUAGAAGCACUUUAAUUUUUUUUUUUUUUUUGCUUUUUCAAAUCCACAUCAGUGUUUUUCACCCACACUUUUCCAAAGUUCCUUUACCAAUAUUUUUUGUGACCUGCUCAAUUCUGGCAACGUUUGAGUCAGCCAUUUUGACAAAAAUACAUUAAUAUCUUGGUGGGUGAUUACUCAGUAUAAUACAGUACUCUUAUGUUAAAGCAACACUUGGUAACUUUUCAGUUUUGGUCGAUUUUAGCGAAGCCGGUGGAUGAAAGCGGUAGUGUUUUGCCUUAAAGGUAACCCCUAACUUAAAGACUUGUAGGCUCUAAUAAGACACAAUUGUUCUCUUUUACUAGAAUAUGUUAUUAGAAACACAUAAAAUAUUGCCAUUGAUUUAAAAAUCUAUGAUAGUUAGUACGUUUUGACCAUGGAGGGUGCCAUGUUUUAAGCGCACAAUGGACGCUCGGGGUGAUGAUGAAGAUUGUCACUGUCGCUCGACGAAUAUUACCGGGUUACCGCAAUUCCUUCUAUGCGGCGAGACGUCCGACACGUGCUAAUCGGUUAAAAGCGGCGAGUACUUACUGUUUGUGUUUUUAUUGGGUCUUUUAUUACCUUUUCAUUGCUUCAAAAUACUUUUUGCAUGUGUUUCCCUCUCAUACAUUUAAGUACGGCUGCAGCUAUCGAUCAUUUUAGUAGUCAAUUAAUCAAUGAACUUGUUAUUUCGAAUAAUAAGUAAUCGAAUAAGGAAUAUAAAAAAAUACCUGAGCUGAGCCUCAAACAGUAUAAAAAAAAAAAAAAAAGACAAUUUAAUGCUAUAAAAUCCUUUUUUUUUUUUGUUU